AGGAUGUUGGAGUCCCAGAUACCGCACAUCAGAUUAGCAGCGAUUCAUGGUUUCAAGUGGCUUUUAUCCUCACCACUGGAAUCAACAGCGCUUAUGUGCUUGGAUAUUCAGGGACCGUCAUGGUUCCCCUGGGUUGGAUUGGGGGUGUAGUUGGUCUAAUUCUUGCUACCGUAAUAUCACUCUAUGCAAAUGCUCUUGUUGCUAAGCUCCAUGAAUUUGGAGGGACAAGGCACAUUAGAUAUAGAGAUCUUGCUGGAUAUAUAUACGGUAGGAAAGCAUAUUCUCUCACAUGGGCUCUGCAGUAUGCCAAUCUUUUCAUGAUAAAUACUGGCUACAUCAUUUUGGCCGGUUCAGCCUUGAAAGCUACUUAUGUUCUAUUCAGGGAUGAUCAUCAGAUGAAGCUUCCAUAUUUUAUUGCCAUAGCUGGAUUUGUGUGUGGAAUGUUUGCUAUCUGUAUUCCUCAUCUUUCAGCUCUUGGAACUUGGCUGGGAUUUUCAACAGUCUUCAGCCUAGCAUAUAUUGUUAUAGCAUUUUGCCUGUCGCUUAAAGAUGGAAUAAAAUCACCACCUCGAGAUUACAGUAUUCCAGGAGAUGGUGUAAGUAAAAUAUUUACAAUAAUUGGGGCGUCUGCUAAUCUCGUGUUCGCAUAUAAUACUGGCAUGCUUCCUGAGAUACAGGCAACGAUUAGGCAGCCAGUGGUGAAGAACAUGAUGAAAGCCCUGUACUUUCAGUUUACCGUUGGAGUUCUACCAUUGUACCUGGUUACCUUUACAGGGUACUGGGCUUAUGGAAAUUCAACAUCAACCUAUUUGCUGAAUAGUGUGAAUGGUCCAGUCUGGGUCAAGGCUUUGGCCAAUAUUACAGCCUUUCUACAAUCAGUCAUUGCAUUGCAUAUAUUUGCAAGUCCAAUGUAUGAAUUCUUGGAUACUAAAUAUGGGAUCAAAGGAAGCGCACUGAAUGUUAAGAACUUGUCAUUUCGGAUUAUGGUCAGAGGUGGCUACCUGGUCUUUAAUACAUUUGUGUCGGCUCUCCUGCCAUUCCUUGGAGAUUUCAUGAGCCUCACAGGAGCUAUCAGCACAUUUCCCCUUACAUUUAUUCUUGCAAACCAUAUGUACCUAGUGGCAAAGAAGAACAAACUAAAUUCCUUUCAGAAGCUCUGGCACUGGCUCAACAUUAUUUUCUUUGGCAUCAUGUCUAUUGCAGCAACAAUUGCAGCCCUACGGCUUAUUGCUGUAGACUCCAAAACAUACCAUCUUUUUGCUGAUUUGUGAUAAAAUUCAUUCUAUUCUUUCGGCAAUUGUAAUGCCAGGUGUUUCUACUUCCUGAAAUGGGACCAAUCUCCAGGUGUUUUCCUCGAGAACUGGAGAAGCUCAAGAAACAAUUAGAAGAAGAGUUGCUCGAAAAGCAAUUCGUUAGACCUAGUAUAUCAACUGGGGAGUUGUAGUAUUCUUGUUAAA